AGACGACAGGCGCUGCUGCACGGACGCCCUUCUGUUGUGAAUCAUAUUCUGUCAGCAGCUUUCUCAACUUUCCCGAUUCAUAUUUUUAUUCGGUUUUCCCCGUCUUCUCGACAGUUAUAGAUGAAACGCCUUCUCCUAUUAUGUGCACUAUGCUCAUUUCAUGUUCAAGCUCAAAAGUCUGGUCCUCCUGGCCCAAUGUCAUCACACUUUGUUGAUUGGCUCAUUGCUCACGGAUACGAACAAGAUGCAUUUGAUCGACCAGAUGUCGGACCAGCUGGAAGCUUUGGAGGCAAAACUCGAUCAGGUGACCCCGUGGAAAAAGAGCCCGUAAUUUUCAUCCAUGGCUCCGGAGACACUGCUCUAUUCACUCAACAACCAUUGGCUACAGGCUUUAGCCGUAGUAUUCAGUACUUUUUGGAACAAAAUUACACAGAAGCCGAAUUAUAUGCAACUACUUGGGGAGAUACAUGGGGUAGUGGAUCUAUGUUGGAUACUUAUUCAACUAUUCAUACCUGUGGAAAUUUGAUUUAUUUAAGAAGAUUCUUGGAAGCUGUAAUUGGGUACACAGGAGCUAAGAAAGUUGAUAUUAUUGCUCAUUCCGUUGGUGUUCCUCUUAUGAGAAAAGUUGUGAAAGGAGGAACUUUGAUUGGAACAGACGGAAAUUGCACAUUGGGUCCACCACUUGGAGCAAAAGUUGACACUUUUCUAGGAAUUGCCGGGCCGAACUUCGGACUGUGCGUCUGUCAAUUGGCUCAAACUGUUCCCGCUUGGUGCAAUGCGUUGGAUGGUUUGUAUCCAGGAUAUACUUGUCAAGAUCAGCUGUGGUGUGGAUACACAUCGGGAAGUUGCAAGCAAGAAAACUACUCGAAUCUUCUCCAAAAAACCAACGACGAUCCAAAUCGAGAAGGAGAUCAUGUGUAUGCAAUGUGGAGUGAUGUUGAUGAAGUUCUUCUGAAUCGAGGAAUGGUUUGGGGUAAACCAACAGCAAGAAUUCCAGGAAUGAACGGUCGCUGGAUAAGUGAUCGUAAUGGCCACGUGGCAAUGAAGGAUCUCACAGAAUUGAGACAAUUCGAAGCAAUUGUUCAUCAUUCGAUUUAAAUGGUUUAUUAUGUUUCAAAAACGGUUUUUUCUUGUUAUUAAUUUAUUAAUUUAUUUGCUCUUGUUGAAUACGAUUGUCUGUACAUUUGGGUUUCCUUGCAAUAAAAUAUUAAUUUAUUUU